AACAAUAAAAUAUUAUUAUUAAUAUUAGUUAGAGAAUAUGUUAUUUAUACAAUGCAUUUAAAUAAUAAAAAAUACUCGAUAAAUAGGAUAUGUGAGUAAAAAAAACGUUACAUUUAUAAAUACCAGUCAUUUUGGAACAAAUUUUUCCUAUUGUGAUAGUUUUUGUUAUAUUUGGUGACAUUUCGACUGCAAGAAAAUAUUUUUGUUCCUCGUGCAACAUCAUUUUCUAUUAUUAAAAUAAAUUAGAAGCAAUAAAUACAUCGUUUCUCAUCUCAUGGAUAUUCCAAAAAAAGAGUCAACUGAACUUGGAUUAUAUGACUUUCUUGUUGAAGCUGAACUGCAACAAUAUUACGAAACUAUAAGAGAUGACUUCAAAGUUGAAGCUACCGCACAGUUGAAACGUAUCACAGAAAAUGAUCUGAAAGCUAUUGGAAUGAGUAAACCACAAAUGUGCCGUUUGAAAAAAUAUUAUCGAAAAUAUUUUCACAAAAAUAGUUUGUCAAUGUCUAAAAAAGUAUUAUUAUCCAAACAAGAUGGAAAGCAUUGUGGAUCUAUUGAUCACACAUUUGAUGGGAAUUAUGACAAACUUAUUUCCAAAAUGUCGAACAAAUAUAUCAUCUCUACAGAUUCAAUAGUUAUCCAUAAAAAAUUAGGAGCUGGUGAGUUCAGCAUAGUCCAACAAGGUAUUUGGAAUAAUAAUGGAAAACGUAUUCAAGUCGCUAUCAAAUGUUUAUCACGAAAAAACAUGCAAAGUAAUCCAAUUGAAUUUUUGAAAGAAGCGUCGAUUAUGUAUUCUAUCAAUCAUGACCACAUCGUAAAACUAUAUGGAGUUGCUCUCGAUACUUACACGUGUAUGCUUAUCACAGAACUUGCGCCAUUAAGAUCAUUAUUAGAAUGUUUGAAAGAACCAAGUGCACGAGUGAACUUCUCAAUUACAACACUGUGUAACUUUGCUACUCAAAUCGCCAGUGGAAUGCAUUAUUUGGAAACGAAAAGAUUGAUCCAUAGAGAUCUUGCAGCUCGUAAUAUUUUGGUGUUUUCCAAAAAUAAAAUAAAAAUAUCCGAUUUUGGAUUUUCUCGAGCAUUGAGUGUUGAAAAAGACUACUAUCGUACUCAAUAUAAUGUUAAUUUAAAGCUACCAAUAGCUUGGUGUGCCCCAGAAAGUAUAUUAUACUUGAAAUUUACAUCAUCGAGUGAUGUAUGGGCGUUUGGUGUAACAUUGUGGGAAAUGUUUUCAUAUGGUUCUCAACCGUGGGCUGGUCUUACUGGUCAUGAAAUUUUAGAUGCUAUUAAUGAACCUAGAUUUCAGAGAUUAGAGCAACCUGAUUAUUGUCCCCGUGACUAUUAUUUAUUAAUGCAGAAGUGUUGGCAACAUGAGCCAAUAAAACGGCCUCAAUUUAGUGAACUAGUUAAGCUGCUUCCAGAUAUGCAACCAGAACAGGUUCGAACUUUGCAGAAGUCUGAUGAUGUUAAGCAAUUGAUUUAUCGACAAAAUGAUAUUAUAUGUGUUCUUGAUAAAACUACUGAUAGCCAUCUAUGGAAAGGAGUACUUAAUGAUGGAAGAAUUGGAUUUUUCAAUCCAGCCCAUACAACAGCUCAUCUAAAUUUUAAUAAAGAUAAAAAUAUCAACGAGCAUAUUGAGAAUAAUAAUAAAGAUAUCAAUGCUCGUAGCCGUCAAAAAAUACAGAUAGAUUUAAUAUCAUCUCCUCAAAAUGACUCUAAUUCAAACGAAGAAGACCGGAAUAACUUUGACUUUUACAAACAUGAAGGAUUAUCUAUGGGAUUGGACCACCAUGACAUGAGGGAAUUACUAGGAAAUAAUCAACUAUCAGAUUUUGUUGCCAGUUCGAUUGUUGAAGAGAACAUUAAUAAUCAACAUGAAUACUAUGAAAUAAAAGAAGAGGGAUGUAAUAAAAGUCUGAUAACACCGACUGGAUCUAACAAAAAUGAUCCUGGUACGAGUUUAACUAAUGACAUAGAUACAAUAUUUCAAUCAUUUGGUGCACCAUUUCUUUUUUCACCAGAAAAUGGUACAUCAGCAGAACAUGAAUCCAGCAAUGUACAGAACGAAAUUCGUGAAAUGCAAACAAAAUCAAGCGUAAACAAGAAACAAACUUCUGUAAAGCCUAUAUCUGCAGCAGAUCAGAAAACUCUGUAUUCAGCCAUUGCUAUGGCUCAAGAACUAACAGCAAGAUCCAUGACAGAUCUUGAACGUUCCCAAGAAUUAGCACAAGUAUUAUCGAAUACUUCCAGACAUAGAAAAUUCUCUAUGAAAUUAACAAAUCAAAAUAGUCCGAAACAUAAUAGACGCCAUUUCUCGGAAGAAGCUGCAAGCAUUCCCGAUAUACAAGCGACUUUGUCUGAUGAGGCAAAAGCAGUGUACAACAGUUUAGUAGCAGUGCAAGUAUUCAAUAGCUCUCUUCAAACCGACGAUUCAAAAAUGUCCAAGUAUAAUUUUCCAGACGAAUUACAAACAAUGAGUAAUAAGAACUUGGAUAUGAGUAUUGUUUCGCCGCACUUGGAGGAAAUCAUGGGAUUUAAUAAGAAUGGAAACCAAUCAAAUUCAUGUCUAUUAAAUCUAUCUUCGAAAAUAAAUGAUUCCUGGUUCUCUUUAUCACCUUCCAUGACCUCAUACACAUUGAAGAAAUCUCAUUCGAUGUCAAAUAUUGAAGCUAAAGAAAACGCACAGCAAACAGAAACGAAUCCAAUUCCUUUACCUCCUCGCGAUAGAUCAAAAUCACUACAUUCGCAGCUACUUCUACCUAGACAUAAAAGAAAAUAUCCCUUGAUUAUACCCGAGACUACGGAGAAUUCUGCACAGACAAUGGAACAAAGAGGAAAAGGAGAUUUUCCUGCACUACAAGAAUCGGAUGAUAACUCUAUUUGUUCUUCUGAUGUGAGAUUGAAAACUCCUGUUUAUGCGCUUCGGGUUUAUAAUAGGCUAGAUAACUUGGAGCAACCGGCAAUUAUAGAAUCAGAAACAUCAAGUUCUAAAGAUACUACAUCAACUUCGGAUGAUUUGAAAUCUAGAGCUGAAAAUUUCAUAAAAAGUACUGAUAUAUUACCAGUUAACAAUGUAAAAGUAAAAAAUGUUGAACACUCAGAUCAUGACAAUGAAAUCGAUACAAAACUAAAAUAUUUAUCGUUAAAUUUUAAAAAUGGUAAUGACUCAUCUAAUAAUGAAAAUUUUAGUAAAUCAACAGAUUUAAAAUCAUUUAAUUUCGAAUUGUUGAAUAAUUUUUAUGAUAAGUAUUCUCAAAAUCAAAAUAACUCAUUUAAUUCUGAUUUGAAAUUAACAGUGAAUGAUAUGAAAAGCACAAUACCAACAUCUAGUUCAAGUAAUCAUAAUUAUUGUUUAGAUUCAGUUAAACAAACAGAUCAAUCUGUUUGUGUACCUGAACUCUUUCGGCAGUCUGACCAUGUGUCAUGUGAAGAUCUGCUUGAAUUUGCAUAUGACAAACCGAAUAUUCAUAGAACACGAGGUCCACAUAAUGGAUCUCAAUCUGAUGAAGUAAGAAUCAUGUUGAAAGUUUUGCAUGGCCAAUCAACGCCAGAAUCAUGUGUGUUAGCUUUAAAUGCUGCUAGCUGGGAUGUAUUAACUGCUAUUAAACUAGAACGAUUGCGUAGCUUACUUCAAAUACAAAGUACUUCCACAACCCUGAAAAACUGCCAAAAAAUAUUGAGCCGAUAUGGUGGCAAUGUAGUUGAAGCAGCUACGUUUCUGAAGUCAGAAAAUUGCAAUGUUUUGAAUGAUAACAAUGUAGAAUAGAUGUUGUAGCUAUUGUACACAUUGGAUUUGUAUCAAAUGAAUUUAUUUGACAAUCAGAAUAUGUACUUAAAAGACUGUAGUGUGAGUUUAUAAAAAGUAUUAUUUUAUAAAUUAUUAAUAAAAAAAAUUAAAUCAUCUAA